AUUUUUUCAAAAUUUCGAAGGGUAACUAUAAACAGUAAUAAUACAAUAGUUAGUCAAAAUCCACGUCACGUUAAAAACUCAAAAUUAUUCAUGUGGUGAGCGAAAAAGAAGAAAAAUGUUAAUGAACUGUUCAAAAAUUCUCAUUAAAAAUUCAAAGCUUGCACUAUUACUACGGAAAAUUGUUGGAUUGAAAAAUUGUCGGAAUCUUUGUGCUGGCGCGGAUUUGUGUUCAGACGAAAGGAAAGGGCUUGUAUUGGGAGUGUACAUAGGCGAUGGAGGAGAACCCUGUUUGACGCCCACCGCUAAAAAAUUUAACGAUUGCGUCAAUGGCAAAUUGCUUGAAGUUUAUAAAAGGUGUUGUGCAAGACCACUUCAAGUAGGGGACGGCUGUGUGUUUAACAAUUUAGGCCAAGAGUUCUAUGCGGUGGCAUUGGUAGGACUGGGGAGUCAAAACCUUUGCUACAACGAGCUCGAAGUUAUUGACGAAGGCACCGAAGCCGUUAGACAGGCGGCAGCGGUAGGAUCUCAAUCGCUUAUUAAAAGGAAUUGCACCAGGGUCCUGGUGGAAGGACUUGGACAUCCUGAACAGGCGGCCGAAGGAAGUGCUCUGGCACUAUGGCGGUAUCAAGAGAACAAGCAACGCAAAGAUUGGUGGACCAUUCCGUCGUUAGAACUGUACGAAGAUCCCGACACUCAGAGCUUUCAAAGAGGAUUGUUUAAAGCCGAAUGUCAGAAUUUGGCGAGGAGAUUGUCGGACACGCCCGCAAACCAAAUGACACCCUUACAUUUUGCCCAGGAAGCAGUCAACGAACUUUGCCCUUGCGGAAUAAAGGUUGAAGUUCACGAUAAAGAUUGGAUAGAAGCGCGAAAGAUGAACGCAUUUCUGACGGUUGCCAGGGGUUCGUGUGAACCCCCCAUAUUCCUAGAAAUGAAUUACUGUGGAGAACCGAGAGGGGUGAAACCGAUCAUGAUUGUGGCGAAGGGAGUAACGUACGACAGCGGUGGAUUAUGUCUGAAGCCGAAACAUAAAAUGUCUAAAUACAAAGGUGACGUGUCAGGAGCAGCCGCUGUAGUUGGCGCUAUGAAAGCUGCAGCAGCCCUAAGUUUACCCCUAAACAUUACCGGUCUCAUUCCCCUGUGUGAAAACAUGCCCAGCGGGAUGGCCAUGAAGUCUGGAGAUAUAGUGUGCGCAUUAAACAGCAAAUCCAUCGAGAUAGAAGAUUGUGAUAACGAAGGUAGACUUCUGCUGGUUGACGCAUUCGUUUGGGGACAAAAUUUUUACAAGCCGCGUCUUAUAAUCGACGUGGCCACUCUUACCUUUGGGGUCAAGAAGGGGCUCGGAUCUGGAGCUACUGGAGUUUUCGUCAAUUCAGAAACUUUGUGGAGCCAGGUAAGAAAAGCGUCGGUGAUAUCUGGAGAUAGAGUUUGGCGUCUGCCGCUGUGGAAAGCGUUCACGGACAAGGUCACUAACUACAGGUCACACGACGUUAACAACAAAGGCUACGGCCGGGGUUCGGCAUGUUUGGGUGCGGCGUUCCUUCAGGAGUUCAUCCAAUGCGUGGAUUGGAUACAUUUUGAUACGACCGGAACGGGGCUGGUUUCUCUUAAUAAAGUUGUACCCUAUUUAACAAAGGGUAGGAUGACCGGCAGACCGACACGUACAUUGAUCCAACUCCUCUAUCAGCUCGCCUGUCCUGCGAUAGCAAAUCGCGAAGUCUCUUGUUAAAAGACGUACCUGCCUACAAGAAGAAUUGUGAUCGUUAUGUGUCUACUAGUUCAUGACUCUUGAAGGGUGUGUUGUAAAUUUAUUUGGGGUGAGAGCGCGAUUCUGGUUCAUUUUCGGUUUUGUUUUUUGUGCACUGUGCCGACUUUUUUAAAAUUCGAAUGUAUUUAUAUCAGAGAUGCAAGUUCAAACUACCUUCAUGAAUUCAAGGGGAUUCCUUCGACUCUAUUUUGGACAGGCUGGUCACCUGUCAACUCAUUCCCUUAUCCAAAGGGCGUGAGACUUAGUGAUUAUUCUUAUUUCAAUAAGUAAAAUGGUUGCAUCAGUUUAUCUCUUGAUACUACAACGCAUUUCAUCGCGCAAAACUUUUGUAUUUUUCAAAAACCUCAUACGUUAAUUCAUUACCUAAGCAAAUUUUAUCAAGUGUCUAAGUAUUAUUUACAUUUAUACCUUUAUAAUAUAUUGAUAGUACUAUUUAUUAUAUGGACUAUUUAAGAUUU